AUGGUUCCUUUGACAAUGUUUUCCACAUGCAUAAGCGGCAACAAAAGGGUGGCUUUUAUAAAUUGGGCGGAUACCCUGAAAAAAGUCAGACUGGUUAGAUGCAGAAUAAAUGCCAGUCAAAAUCUAAUGAUAUUGAAUUAAAUGUAACACAACGAUUCCUAUAUAGUGAAGAAACAGUCACGAGAGUUUUAAUGCGAGUCAGCUUUGUUUGAAUAUGAAGUUGUUUCAAAAGUUCAAAAAUAUCACUGGUGUUGGGAAAAGGGUAUGGUUUCAGGCGAAAGACCCUUGCAGACAUAAUGUUGCCAUAAUUUUUAUUAAGGGUCAAACUAACACAUACAGGAUGACCCACACAACAAGAAAGGCUCUGCAACUACCAGAAAAGAUUUCGAAAGCUUUAGAAGCCAUGCUCGUGGAGGGUCAUGCAACUGGCAAGUUUUUCGAAAACAAAGAGAUUGUGAAAGGCUAUGACUUUGACAAAGGACUUGAUUACCGUGAGAUUUUCAAGUCCUUCAUGAACAAUGGAUUUCAGUCGACACUAUUUGCUAAAGCUGUUAAUGAAGUCAAUGCAAUGAUAGCAAAAAGGAAACUACCCUUGACAGAUGUAAGCCCAAACAAAGAUGAAGAAGUAGAACCAAGAAAAAACUUAACAAUAUUUCUUGGAUACACUUCAAAUAUGACAUCAUGUGGAGUUCGAGAUGUUAUACGAUUCCUUGCAAAACAUCAUCUGGUUGACUGCCUUGUAACAACUGGGGGUGGAAUAGAAGAAGAUUUUGUUAAAUGUCAUGGUCCUACAUUUGUUGAUGAAUUUAAUUACAAUGGAAGUGAAGCCAGAAAGGCUGGAUUGAAUCGUAUUGGAAAUCUAAUUGCACCAAAUGAUGGGUAUCGUAAAUUUGAUGAUUGGUUUAUGACUGUGCUUGAUAGAAUGCUGGCAGAACAGACUGAGAAUAAUGUGAAUUGGACACCAUCAAAGAUGAUAAGACUCAUGGGAGAAAUGAUAGACAAUGAAGAAUCUAUUUAUUACUGGGCAUUUAAGAACAAUAUCCCAGUACUUUGUCCAGCAAUAACUGAUGGAGAAAUUGGCGAUAUCAUUUAUUCAUAUUCCUAUAAAAAUCCAGGUCUUAGAAUUGACAUUGCAGAAGAUACUAGAAAGAUUAAUGACUUGUCUGUAUAUUCAAAGAACACUGGAAUGCUUAUACUUGGCGGUGGACUUCCAAAACAUCAUAUUUGCAAUGCUAAUUUGAUGAGGAGCGGUGCUGAUCAUUCUGUUUUCAUAAACACUGGUAUGGCAUUUGAUGGAAGCGAUGCAGGUGCAAGCCCCAAUGAAGCAGUCUCAUGGGGCAAGAUCAAAGCCUCGGCAAAGCCUGUUAAGGUUGUUGGCGAAGCCUCAAUUCUUUUCCCUCUGCUUGUUGCUGAGACUUUUGCCAGGGACUUUUAUGGCGAGAAUGACGAGGUAUCCAAUGGUUCUGCAGCACUGACCAAAUGAUAUUAUGAAACAAACUUAGGGAUUGAACAAACUUAGGGAAUCGCUUAUCCGUUUUAAUCAAAUGUAAAGAACAAAAACUUAGUUGUGAAUGGGAAAUGAAAGUACAUACUAUACAAUUGCUGAAUGUGGCAUGAGGUAAAAACGAUGCUUAAUCUUUUCUUACAUAUUUUAAUGAAGCAAAUAUCUAUUAUGUUUUGUGAUAUCUGGUAAGCUUUUCAAACCCUGAAAUAAAUGUACUGGAUUUGCGCUUUCCUAAUUGGAGUCUACGUGCAAUUUUUGUAACAUAAGAAGAUUCCAUGGAAUACAUCCUUCUAGUUAAAGAGCAGGCGCGCAACUACAGGGGGGGGGGUCCUGGGGGUCGAGACCACUGCCCUUUUUUCUCAAAGAAAGAAAAGUGCCCUUCUUUUGAAAAAAUUGCUUGAAUAUUUUUUUGAUCGCACUAAAGGGAAUUGUCAUAAAUGACACAUCCAUGCGAUGUAAUGGACCUCUAAGAAAUACAGAUAAAUGAUUUGUCAGUCUUUCACACAGUGAUAGAGUCUAUGUUCAAGCUCCUACUCUGCAGCGUGUUUUAUGAUGCGCUACGCACUAGUUUUGAAGAAGAAUUUUUCUGGGACUCAAAAACCAAAAUAAUGGCACAAGACUUUGAAUGGGAUAGGGCCUCUACGACCACUGGUAAAAAAGUCAGAAGAAAGAAACCAAGACAUCUUUCAGUCUGUUUCAAUGGCCCAUAUAAUUGAAAGAUUCGUAGAGGACCUUUGCAUGAAACAAGCGAAUGUAGAGAAAUACUCGCGGACUGGUAUUAGCAAGCAGUGAAGAUACCACAAUAAGUUAAUGUUCAGCUGUUUCAUUCCUCAGCUGAAGUUGAUGUUCAGCUGUAUUACAGCUCAGCUGAAGUCAAGACUUGCAGGCAGAAACCAGCUGAACUCAAGGCUCAUGGACCUGUUAAACCUCCUCCCAUCUGUAAUGCGAAGCAUAUAAUUCAAUGUUCUUAAGGCCGUUCAUAUUUUAAAGAGCAAAUUGUUUUCGGAUAUGGAGAAUAAAGGACUGAUUUUUAAAAAUGCCACCGAGAGGGGGCAAGGGGGAAAAUUGCCCUAGGCCCUCAAGGUCUAAGGGACCUCAUAAAGCAAUCAAUUCCGCUUUAACAUAGAACUAAAUAAAAGUAAAAAAAUUACACUUAAAAAGUAAACAUUUUGAACGAAUGAAUGAAUUCAAGCUAUUCAUAAGGGCGUUGUUACAAAAUUUUGUUGCUCGCUUCUUUUAUCCCCCCCCCCCCCUCGGGUCUUCAGAGGUCUUUAAUUCCCCCCCUCGGGUCUCCAAAACCUCUCGGCGGCCCUGGAUGUUAGACAGAAAGUAGAAGUCCGCUGAGAUUUGAGAAAAUAGACGAAGGAAUAAAAUACAGACUCAUACAUCACAAUUUUUCUGUAUUGGUCAGUUUUCUUUGCCUGGCAUACAAUAUUUACAGGUAUACUAACUGCUCAUAUUUUUGUUGUACCUAAACAAAUGCCCCGAUGGACCUUCGGCGUACACGAAAUGCACCCUGGCAUCUCUUCUGUUGAACGUGAACGUGAAUAAAGUUUCCUUAGUGCCCUUUUUUGUCUUGGACCCCUGCCCUCUGAAAUUCCUGGUUGCGUGCAUGAAGAGUAUUGCAAUGUGAGAUUUAUGUCCUUCAGAGCUGAUUUUAGGAAUGGUUGUGUGAUGGGGAAUAUUUAGGAAUGGUAUGAGUAUGGUGUCUCUAAGAAACAGCUUUUCGACUAGCACUGAGUUGAUUUUACAUUAGGAAACUAUAUUACACAUAACUUUUGAAGGCAGAGAGAUCGCACAGUGAGAUUUUGUGGGUGAUGGCCUAUCCUCAAAUUUUCAUCACAUUUAUCAUCCUUAGAAAACUGCAAGAAUUGCAUGAGUAAACUGGUGAUGAGAAUAAUUAACCUUUCAAAUGAAUCAUAGAAAACAGUUUCGUUGUUUUAAUUAAGAUAACUUUUUGUGUUGUAAAAAACAGUGAAGUUAUGGGAUUUGAUAACUGCCUGUCGAUAUACGUUGAGUAAAUUUCUAUCUUGAUUGACUAGGCAGUUUUACAUUUCUUUUAAGUUUCACAGACGGCCCUGCUUAUAUCUCUGAUAAUAUCAUAUAGGUGUACUAAUAGUAUUUUUGAUUAAAAAUUAGAAUUUCUUUGUUUCUUAUCUUUUGAGGUAAGGAUGGCUUUCCUUGGCCUAUUUUGGCAUGCCUUCCCUUCUGGGGGGGGGGGGGUUGGUGAUUUCACAUUGCUUUUUCCGAAUUCCUCCCGUUUAAGAAUUUUAGGUCUUUGAAAUUUGAAUUUUUAAGGUUUUCGCCGAGUGGUUUGACGUUGCGCUUUAAUUCCUGCGAAUAUAGACCAUCAACUAACACCGUAUUUGUCCUUUUGUUUCUUAUUCCCCAUUGUCCCCUUACGCUGACGGAAUUACAAUGUGAGUGGGGGGGGGUUACUUGAUGUAAAGAGCCCCCAAUGAUACAGUGUCGAAUGCUUUAUCUAACUUCUCCAAGUUUUGUUUUCUGUGUCUUGGUUCCGCGAGAGGGCCUUCAGCCUUUAUGGAUUUUGGAUAUCUGGAUAUAGUAAUUCAAAAAGUUCUCGACUGAAGUCAACCAAAGUCUUGUCUUCAUAAAGGUCUAUAUUUGGCGAUUUAUACAGAGAAGAUUCUCAGCAAAGUAGCUGUAUCUAGAACUCUAGAACCACCAUUUUCUGAGAAUGAAUUCAAGAAUAUUCUAGCACAAGGUCAUUGGCUUUCUUCAGCUGGGAAUUCUAUGUUAUUUAUCCAUGCUUGACCCCCUUACAAUCAGUAAUAGACAGUAAGCACACUUUGGAUUGGUGCUUCCUUAAAGACUGAAGACCUGAUCAAACAUCCUUCUUAUGAGACGGUUUUGCGAUGUCAAUAUUUGUUGUCGUCACUCUUUCUUCAGUUUAGGUAAUCUGUAUUUUGCUUUCCUUUAUUAAUAACGCGCUUACAUCGUUUCUUAUAAGAACUCGAGAUAAAAUUCCUCCUAAGGAAUUGUAAAGUAUUGUCUACAAGUCAACAUAUGUCUUUUGUUUCCCAUAUGCAAUAAAUUGCAAUAGAACGGAUUGUUACUGACGAUUCGGACUUCAUGUAACGGUGUGUUUUUAUAUUGACUCGAGUUGACAGUUUUGCUAGAGGCAGCGACAAGCGUCCUUUCUACGACGAGUACCAGCAGACGUUGUCUUCAUCAGUCAGCAAUACUUGCAUGAACGGCAAUUGGCUUGAAGAUAUCUCGUUUCCAACUAUUGACACUGCUCAAACUUCUCGAUCGUUUUAGGUCCCAAAAUUGUCUUAUUCUGCAAACAUCCACUAUUGAUAUAUGAAAUAGUUUCUGAUGCAUUAGCACAGCCUCCUCUCAUUAUCUUCCGCUACAAACAUCAUAAUGGUGAUGGUUAUCAAAAGCAGAUUUCGGGUGACUUGGAGCUAUAUACGGCUGUGUCUUUACCUUGCCUCCAUGAUCUGGGCCAUCGAUGCCGAGCUGUUUGUUUACAGUGAAAUGCAAUGCGAAGAUUUGUGCCUACGUAGCACUUACUGCACCGGGUAUAAAUUGGAGAAGAAAGACGGAGACAGCAAGACAAAGUGUCAUCUAAUUUCAAAUAAACAUGAAACUUUGUUACUAAGAGACCGGCUAGCUCUGAAGUGUAGCCCCAACCCAUGUCAACAUGGCGGAACCUGCAUUGAGGAUCCCAAGAGGUGCAGGAAGAUAUUUUGCACUUGCAAAAAAAAUUGGACGGGAACAGUUUGUGAAAUUAAGGAUAAAGAUGCUGGUGGAGCCGUACUUUCAGACUGUGCCUGACUAGGAUAUUUGGUAAGCUUUAAGAACAGGCGAUUCAUGUUUCUAUGGAGUUAUUUUGUUGUAAAGACUUUAAAAAGGCAGGACGGUUAAAGUAGAGACUUCUUUGAACAAAUCGAACCGAGAAAAGUUAAUGCAGAGGAACUCACAAAAGCAAGAAUAAAGAUAGUUUCUAGACAUAUCACAGCAGAAAUUUGUAGAUUUUUUAGACUUUCAAAUAGCAUAAUUUAGGACCUUUUCACGCUUAAUGAGAUCUUUUGAUGUUCUUAAACCAGGUGCUCCCAUUUGAUCUUUUCUCUCGUGAUGGUAUUAUUUCACUUGAAAAUAAAUAUUAUAAUUUUGAUUAUAUGCACCUUUUAAUCAUACCGACAAAAUUCUUAGCAAAGACGUUCUUACUACAAUUUGAUUUAUGGUAAGAGUUUAUUUGGCAAAAGAGUUGAGCUACUAAACAUACUAUAUGGAAUAAAAUCACACCAGACCAGAAAAAUUUACUUCAACCACAAAAUAUUAAUGAAAUACGUUCUGAACUUGCCUUGGUUCUACCAAUUCUAAAUGGAAACGGUAUUUAAAUUGUUUUUGUUUUGUGGAAAGCUGUUUGUGCCUUUGAGAAAAACAUAGCAAAGUCCGUAAUCAAUAUCCCCCAAAAUCAAUAACCCAUUCCCCUAUUGUAUACUAUAGUUACCUUGAAGCUUGACACAAUAAGAAAACCUUUUUCCUAACACGAAACAUAAAGAGGGGGGGGGGGGGUUUAUCCGAUGUCAGGUUGAUUUCACAAUUUAUCCCGAUAACAAAGUUUGCCGAGUAAGCUACAGUAUAAUCCGGUUAUGACGUACUUUAAGGGACCAGCGUAUUAAGUACGUUAUAUCCGAAGUACGUUGUAACGAGGGUAAGUAAAAAUUGACUAAAACCAAGCACACCUUUUGCCAGGACCAAGUACACCAGUACGUUAUAUCCGAAAGUACGUAAUAACCGAGUACGUUAUAACGGGAUUCUACUGCCAAGUAAAAAGCCAAUUCAUGACUCUUGAAGGCAGUCAUAAGCCACCUUCAUCCCGUAGCACAGCAUGGACAGAGCUAUUUGUUAAGCAGAGAUAGUGGAGUUCUUACAGUUCACAACAGUAUGUGCCCCCAGUUAAACAACUCCUUUGACAAACACAUAUAACAAAAAACAAGCAGGAAACGGAAGACGAGUCUAAAAAAUAACCUGGUUUUCAUAUGAGAAGCAUAAUAUCGAAAAAACCACAAGUAUAAUACAAUGCAAUUUUAAAAGGAAAAAAUCUACCUUGAUAUGUAGUUGUAAAAGAUAAAAUCAUAAAGUAACAACUGUUUUUUGCAAGGAAUCCCAUUUUGCAAAACUGACUCCAUAAAAUUGACAUCUGUCCUUUUGAAUAACUCACGAAAGCAUGUAAGCAAAUCGACGGAAGGGGAUCCGGCAAGAAGAACCCAUGCAUAAGAUGCCUCUUUUCAGGUCAUUAAAAACAAUUAUUUCAUCUCAGUAUGUUGCAAGAGCUUAUCAUUGACAGGCUAGCUCUCUUCUUCCAUAUGAAUGUCUUCCUUGUGCUUCUUCUUCGUCUUCUUGUGCCUGUGCUUUCUUUUGCCGGUGUCUCCAUCUUCGUCUCCUUCUUUACGCCUGCUUUUCUUUUUCUUUUGCUUCGAUUUGCUUUUUUUAUGGCGCUCUUCUUCCACCUCGCUCCCAUCCCGCAAUUCACCUGCUUCUAAAUCGUCAUCUUCUAUUCGCGAUUUUUCAUCAACACCAUCUUGAACUUGAGCUGCUCUCGAUUUUUUGUCUUUUCCUAAGCUCGAGCUUCGGUCUCUUUCCCUAUUCAGAACAAAAUCACAAACGAUUAUUUUUGUUGCUGGAGAAAAAAUCAUUAAUUACUAAUAAUGAAAAACUUUUAAUCAUUUUUACUAUUAGAAAUGAAAUCGUAUUGAAUAUUUAUGGAUCUUGAGAGGGACAAGGAACGCGGAGGACUAUUUCGUCAAAUUUCAUUCAUAUAUUACAACAAUUUAACAUCAGUUCUUUACUAAAAGCCCAUUAAUAUCGCCAACUUACAAUUUUAGGAGACAAAACGUGUUUCUUGGAUUUUUGAACUUCUGUUGAUAAAGUUUCAAUUUGAUUGAUAGCUCGAUGUUAACAUAAUAAAACUUUCCAAUCAACAAAUUAACUUUUCCAGCAUAAUUAACGAUUAAACUUGGAUCCUCAAAGGCAUUGAGUCAUGGUAAAUAGGCCUUCUCUAUAGGGGGUCAUUUGGUUUCGGCGUGAUCGUUGCUGUUUCACGUGAUAUUGGCAUUUUUGAUUUUUCCAGACUGGCUUAGAUUGUAUGCUAGCUAUCUUUAGAAACACUAAAAAAACUUCUAUACUGAGCGAAAAAUUGCCACUAUUUUUUAAACCUAAAAAGAUUAAUAACGAUUCUAAGAAAUUAGCCGUACAACCUCUUCAACAAUGCCUCUUAAAAAACUGUUCCUUCUUCACAUAAUUCCUCAUUUUCAGCUAGUUUCUAUAUAACAAACAUGAGAAAUUGUACUUGCCUUUUCGACUGCAAUUUCCUGUUAUCAUCUUCAGAGGAUCUUGGCCGAUCUUUGGAAGUGCUUUUCCUGUCAUUCACAUCUUUACCAUUUUGUGCAUCCAAACCAUCAUCCUCUCGGGGAAUCUUCUUCUCGGAGUUGUACCUAUCCUUACUAUAGCUCUUUCUUUCUCUACUUUCCCUUGACCUUUCAUUACUGUAACUCCUAUGAGCCUUCUCUUUGCUACGGCUUCUCAUGUCUCUGCCACGGUUUCUUCUGUCUCGGCUCAAACUCCUUCGCGUCCUUUCAAGGUCUCUGCUUCUGCUUCUGCUUGACCUCCUACCCGUACGCACCUUAUCACCAUGUUUUGCCUGCCUCUCUUUGGAAACAGCGUCUCUGCUACGACUUCUUUUCUCUCGACUCCGACUUCUUCUUAAUCUAUUUCUAACUCUUUCUUUACUCAGACUUCUUCUGUCACUUCUUCUUGACCUGUCACCACUGCGGCUUUGUCUAUGGCGUGCACGUUCAGCACUGCGGCUACGUCUACGCGGGCUUCUCCGCCGUGGUGACCUUUCGCGACUUUUGCUUCGUCUAUCUACGUUUCGACUUGGUCUUUCUACACUGGGACUUCUUCUUCUACGUGCUUCCCUUGGGCGUUCAUCUCGCACAGAACGAUCCCGACUUCUGCUUCUGUUAGAGAAAGGUAGGAAAAUGUAUUAAAGAAUAAGUCAAUACGUUUCACCAAUAAGCCUUUAAAAUUUCAAAAAGAGCUUCAUAAAAAAUACACAGAAGUUUAAUGGCUAAAAAUGCUGAGACAUUAACAAGAAACCAAACUAGUAAUAUUCCACCAAUUCCCUCCCUCUAAAAUCAAUGUUGUUACAAGAACGGUUGGUAAUGCGUACUUUCUCACUUAUACUGUAACCAUCUCAAUUAGCAUUGACAUCGAGCGACGGGGGUAAAGGUGCCUAGUGCAUAUCACAUGCAGAAAACGCAUUUAUAUAAAGACUAGGUAAUUACCCAAUAAAAAAAUAUGUUGCAGACAUACCGAUGAUGCAUUUUUGAAUACUUUUCAGCUUCACCAAAAUCAGCUUCACCCCUGAAAUUGAGAGGAAACUCAACGAUAAAACUAAACACGGACAUUAAGAUAGAAAACUAAAGCUGCAAUUGUAAAACAAAGCAUAAGGCAAUCUGGUUUUAAAAUCUGUUGCAUUUGAAAAAGAGGGGUGCUACUGUAUUUAAAAUCAACGACCCCCAAAAAGGGAUAAUAUUCGAGCUUUCGUGGUUUAAGUCUCAAACGGACAGCCAAAAUGACUAUUGUCUUCCUCCUUGUUAAAAAGAUAGCCAAAAUUUAUUACCUUCUUAUUUUACAAGAAAGACGUCAAUUUAUACCGUAAGUUUCUAACUAUCUCCUGUCAGUUUUUCAUAGAGCCAAACUCUCGUGCACCUAAAUCAACAGCAUAACAGAAAAAUUCUAAUAGGAAAAAGCAGCUUUGCAAAAAAGUCUUAAUUAAAAAUAUUUAAGCUUGUGUUGCAUGCUAGCAAACUGCGUUUUAGUGUUGAAAUUCAGUUAACUAAAAUUUGCAAAACGGAGUGCAUCGUGCAAUAUACUGAUACCAUAGUAACCAUUCUUAAGCAAUAAAUACAAUAUGAUACCUGUGCAUACCAUAUUUUACAUUGAUGAAACCAGGAUACCGUAUAGGCUGUUUUGUAAUCCUAAUAAAGUCAAUCACAUCAUACUUCAUACUGCUUGUCUAGCAUAUAUCUAUUUAUCUAUGCAUUGUGUCAGUUUAAAAGCAAUUGCAACUGGUUUUAAGAUUGGCCACCCAAGUCAUGGCUAUGAGAAUCAGGAACCUUCUCCAAAUAUGCAAAUUAUUUUUCAAAUACCAGAUAAGACUAGCUUUGUUUGACAACCACAACUUUAGUGUCACAACACCCCCUCUCUAGUAGGUACUGACAAUACCCUGGUUAAAUUUUGGCAAAAAACUACCAAAAAGGGCAUUCCAUUUACAAGCUACUUGUUUAACAUGAGUAGUCUUUGCCCUUACUGUUUUAUCUCUCUCAGUUUUUAACACCAUUCAAAUCAGCAUGAAAUAGGAAAUUUCCAAACCAGCACCUGCAAAUGUGAACAGCUGUAUUUAGAAACACUCAACUUUGUUCUAAGCAGUUGUGAGAGGACUUUGCACUUUGUUGUAUAAGGCAUUAUGAAGAUAGGAGGCUUCAUCUGUUGUCUAUAAACAUGACACAUCAGCUAAUUUGAACAUUUAAUGCCUUCUCUAUCCGCAAGGCACCUUCUAUUCACAAGUACUGUCUCAUUCAAGUAACAACUUAAUACGCUGAUUGGUUUAUUAAAAUUUUUCUAGAGAAAUGAGCCACUAAGAUUGAAAGCUGUUUGCUUAGACUGCACCAAACUAAUUUGAAACUAAAAACUGGAAAAUCUGAUAAAGACACCAUGUUUAACAAUAGCAAAAAGCAUAAAUUGAUAAAUUACAUACCUAGGUAAAUUUCAUGUAUUUAAUUAAUGAAAUUCAGAACAAUUUAGAUUAAGUAAUUGAACAUAUGUUUAAAAAACCAGAACACCAACAGCCUAAGAAUAAAAAAACUCAACUUUACAUCAGGGUUGGUUUUCUUUUAUUGGACAAGGUAACUUGGUAAUUUGUAUUUUGCAGCAUAUAAAAUUUUAGAAGAAAUGAAACCCCAGACUGGAAAUCCUUUUGAACAAUUAUUAUUCAUAAAUAUUAGUAUUUUCCAAGAUUCUUUCUAAAUUUCGACAUAAAGAAAAAUAUAUAUAUCACUUAGAAUAAUAUAUAUAAAGAACAUAAAGAAGACGUAAAGACAUAGAGACAUAGAGAGAGUUUUUGAAAACAAUCAUUAAUUUACAGUACCAAAACAAAACCAAGAAUAAAAAGAUUGAGUGGGCCUUACCUUGUUCUAUAUUCCCCAUCUUCUUCCCGUUUUGAUUUGGCAUAGCGCUCAGCCUCCCCCCAACCUUCAUCAGCCUUCCUCUUGUGAUCAUCACAAAGAUUCAGCUCUGUCAGCCUCUCUCUAAUGUCUUUCUCAACAGGCACAGGGAUCCUAGGAAAUAGCGUCCCAUACCAUUCCAAUUUAAGUAAAAAACUACGGACAAGUUGUCCAAUUGUCAUUGUGCAACCCCCACCAGCCUUAACAUCCAGUUCCUACGAAAGAAUAAAAAGUGAUAUCUAGAUGAUAUAAUAUGCUAGGGCUAAUGAUAUACAACUGAAACUAACAUUGAGCAAAUAAAAACACGAGUGAAGCAUAAAAAUUGUUGCUUUUUGAUGCAGCCAUUUUCAGUGAAAAAUAUUUUCUUCAAAAAAAAAUAAGUAAACAGACUGCCACAAUAAAACUCCUUCUGGUCUAACUAAUCACAAAGUUCUUUAUUUAUGAACAUGAGUUGAAAAUCACCCAAACCUCUUUCAUAUCCACGCACCUCUUCAUCUUCUAAAUAAGGUUCCAGCCAAGACCAAAGCUCUUUUGGUUGAAGGCAAUACCUAAAAUAAGAUGAAUCAAAACACUAGAAUUUUGCUACUCAAUUUUUUAAAGACAGUUUUGUGAGAUUCCUCUCCCAUGAAAAACUUGGUUAAUUGGGAAUAUGUUUGUUAAUACCCUUCCAAAAGCAUUGAAUUCUUAUGAGCAAAUCUUCCAUUCUGCUUUCUACUUAUUCUGUGCCUUAACUUGACACACUCAGAAUAAAUAAUAUUUUAAAUUCUUUGAAAACAGUAGCUUUAAGACUGUUAGAACUAGACA